UGACGGCGAGCGCUUCCCUGGGCAUCACGUGGUGUCGCACGUUACCGCGGUGUGUUGUGGGCAGCAGCCGUAAUCAAGGCCCGGCGUGACGCGGCACAAAGUGAAUCUGCCGGUAGGAAGGGAGAGCGAAAGAGAGCUGCUGCGGCCGGUUGCGAGGAAGGCCGGGAGAGCUGACUGACGGCCUGCGAUAUGGUGGGAGUGAAGGUGAUCGGAGUGGACGCCGAGUUCCAGGCGGAGCUGAGUGCAGCAGGGUCCAGGCUGAGUGUGGUCAAAUUCACCAUGAGAGGGUGAGAGCAGGCCGGCUCUAGCGCCAUAUCCCAGGGCUGGGACAGAGAGAGAGAGAGCCUGGGAAUGGGGUCUAUACACAGGGGAGGAAACCAGGGCGAGGGGAUGGCUGUCAGGGUCUCUUAUUAAUGGGGAAGGGGCUGGCUGCCAGGUACAUUUAUUAAUGGGGAAGGGGAUGGCUGUCAGGUACAUUUAUUAAUGGGGAAGGGGCUGGCUGCCAGGUACAUUUAUUAAUGGGGAAGGGGCUGGCUGCCAGGUACAUUUAUUAAUGGGGAAGGGGCUGGCUGUCAGGUACAUUUAUUAAUGGGGAAGGGGCUGGCUGCCAGGUACAUUUAUUAAUGGGGAAGGGGCUGGCUGUCAGGUACAUUUAUUAAUGGGGAAGGGGAUGGCUGUCAGGUACAUUUAUUAAUGGGGAAGGGGCUGGCUGCCAGGUACAUUUAUUAAUGGGGAAGGGGCUGGCUGCCAGGUACAUUUAUUAAUGGGGAAGGGGCUGGCUGUCAGGUACAUUUAUUAAUGGGGAAGGGGCUGGCUGCCAGGUACAUUUAUUAAUGGGGAAGGGGCUGGCUGUCAGGUACAUUUAUUAAUGGGGAAGGGGAUGGCUGUCAGGUACAUUUAUUAAUGGGGAAGGGGCUGGCUGCCAGGUACAUUUAUUAAUGGGGAAGGGGCUGGCUGCCAGGUACAUUUAUUAAUGGGGAAGGGGCUGGCUGUCAGGUACAUUUAUUAAUGGGGAAGGGGCUGGCUGCCAGGUACAUUUAUUAAUGGGGAAGGGGCUGGCUGUCAGGUACAUUUAUUAAUGGGGAAGGGGAUGGCUGUCAGGUACAUUUAUUAAUGGGGAAGGGGCUGGCUGCCAGGUACAUUUAUUAAUGGGGAAGGGGCUGGCUGCCAGGUACAUUUAUUAAUGGGGAAGGGGAUGGCUGUCAGGUACAUUUAUUAAUGGGGAAGGGGAUGCCUGUCAGGUACAUUUUUAUUAAUGGGGAAGGGACUGGCUGUCAGGGUCACGUAUUAAUGGGGAAGGGGAUGGCUGUCAGAGUCAUGUAUUAAUGGGGAAGGGGCUGGCUGUCAGUCAUGUAUUAAUGGAGAAGGGGCUGGCUGUCAGGGUCGUCUAUUAAUGGGGAAGGGGCUGGCUGUCAGGGUCACGUAUUAAUGGGGAAGGGGAUGGCUUUCAGGGUCACGUAUUAAUGGGGAAGGGACUGGCUGUCAGGGUCACGUAUUAAUGGGGAAGGGGAUGGCUGUCAGGGUCACGUAUUAAUGGGGAAGGGGAUGGCUGUCAGGGUCACGUAUUAAUGGGGAAGGGGGCUGGCUGUCAGGAGUCAUGUAGUAAUGGGAAGGGGCUGGCUGUCAAGUCAUGUAAUGUGUGGAGGGACUGGCUGUCAGAGUGCGUCUAUUAAUGGGAAGGGACUGGCUGUCAAGUCCGUAUUAAUAGAGGGAAGGGGAUGGCUUUUUCAGGGUCCGUAUUAAUGGAAGGACUGGCUGUCAGAGGUCACGUAUUAAUGGGGAAGGGAUGGCUGUCAGAGUCUGUAUUAGUAUCCUAAACACUAGAAACACAACAUGCUUCCCUUACACGCAGAGAAACACACAAUGCAUCCAUUACACACACACUAAAUGCAACCCUUACACACAGACAAUGCAUCCUUUGCACAUAUACACAGAAACACACAAUGCAUCCCUUACACACGCAAAAACACACUGCUUCACUUACACACACAGGCAAACACACUACAUCCCUUACAUACACAGAAACACACCUUGCAUUCCUUACACAUUUAAACACAGAUUUAUCCAAUGCAUCCCUUACACACAACACAUCCCUUAUACACAAACACACACUGCUUUCUAUCCCUUACACAAAAACACACUGCUUCCACAACACACACACACACACACUGCAUUACAAACUGGUAUCCCUAAACACUACAUUCCAUAAGCACACACUUUACAUAACACAUCCCCUACACAGGGCCAGAUUAAGGGCCCAGUGGGCCUGGUGCUGACAAUUAUGAGUGGCCUAAGUACAGAAUCUUAUCGACCAUAAACACUAAAACAGUCAUAGCUCUCAAGCGUUAUGUAUCUGGUGGAGAUUGCCGGAAGGAAACUCAUAGGAUGCCGCUAUAAGGAAACUCAGAUUCUCUUAAAAUAUACUAAUCUCUCUCUAGUUCAUGCUUUCAUCUUUCAUGUAAAUCCAUACCCCCCAACAUCAGUGUCCAAUGAAGCAGGAAGUCAAUGGGAGGUGUAAAAGGGUGGGCCACUGACGCGGAUCAUGUAACCAGAACUUCCAAAAGGGCUGAACAUGCCCAAAAAGGAGGUGUGUCUGCCCAAAGAAUGGGAAGGCUUGCCUGGCAUGAAUGCAUGUCAGGCUGCCUGCCAAUCAUGCAUGCAGGCCAACAGCAUUCUGAGCUUGGCAUAAAUGCGUCUAAUGAUGGACUCGCUCCAUGCUUUCUAAGGACUAUCCCCUAGCACUCACAUGUCCACUUGUCUCCUUACCUUCUUACUAGCAGACAGAAGCUCCUGGUAUACAGUCUGAGACAGAGAAAAGGUGUAUGUAGUGAGUGUAGAAGAAAGGGAACAUGCCACAGUGUUAGAGAGACCAAAGUCAGCAUUACCUUAACUAAUUUCAUUUCAGCCAGUCCACACAAGUUUUGUUUCCACACAAGUUUUGUCUCUUAAGUUUCCAUACUUAAGCAAGAGUAUGUGAAGAGUAGUUAGGGUUGCCACCUUUCUUGGAAAAAAUACAGGCCUUACUCAUUUGCAUAACUAAUUAUGUAUGUGUGACAUCAUAUGAUGUAAAUCACAAGGAGUGACAGAGAGAAUUCUGUGAAAUUCUGCUGUAUAGAUGGAUUGCUCCCAGUGUCUCGCUAUGUCCCCAUGUCCCCCAUUGUCCCGUAGUGUCUGUGUCCCCAUGUCUCCCAGUGUCCCCAUGUCACUAGGGGAUACUAUCAGACAUUGGGACACUGAGACACUUGGGGACACUAAGACUAUGUAUCACAGUGUCUCAGUGACCCAUGUCUCCCAGUGUCCCCAUGUCUCUUUGUCCCCAUGUCUCCUGGGUACACUGGGAGACAUGGGGACACUGGGAGACAUGGGGACACUGAGACACCAGGGACACUGGUUGGGAGACAUAGCCACUGGAGGUUCUUCCUGGAUCCUAAUGGACUUUUUUGGUCCAGUUACUGACGCUGGACGAGCUCACGCUCUGCAUGAGGACAUCCAGCAUCCGCUAUUUCCCCAUAGGAAAGCAUUGAUUCAAUGCUUUCCUAUAGGGCGACUUAAUGUGCACGUAGUACUAGCCGCACGUGCACAUUAGCGCCCGCUUGUCAGAGGAGGCAGAGCCGUGACUCAGCGCCGAGGGACAUCAGCACUGGGAUCGGGUAAGUAAAUAAAGGAUGAUAGCGGCAAGGCAGAGGGAGCGAUAGUCCCAGGAAUACAAUUUUGUAUUCCUGGCACUAUAGUAUCCCUUUAAGCUUAAGUUGUUUUAGCCCUCUGAGGUAGUAAAAUGUGGGGAGCAGGACCUGACUUGGUGGACCCCAAGUAGGAAGUCAAACUGUUCAAAAAUUGUUGUGAUUGUUCAAGUUAACCCUGGUUUGAUGAUGGCUAUCUGCAGAUAGUGAAAAGUGCAGUGUUUGACAAAAUGCUGGAAUUUGGCAUAUUCCAAGAAACCCUACAGAAGCACCAAAAACACUACAGCACGCUUACUUUGCUCGGAGGCACGCCGUGAAGACUGGUCUGCAACGAUUUUCAUACGUUUAUUAAUAUUUCAACUUUUGAUCUUGCUCAUUGGCUGAAAGUGUCAGUAUACCUUUUAAAAAUGUUGUUGGAAUUAUGGUGCAUGGGGCUUUAUAAGCCUAGAGCUAAUUGAUCCUUCUCUUUGUUUAUAGGUGUGCUCCUUGUGUGAGAAUAGCACCAGCCUUUACAUCUCUAAGUAAUAAAUACCCCCAAGCGGUAUUUUUGGAAGUUGAUGUCCACCAGUGCCAAGUAAGUAGCUUGUCAAACUGACUUUUGUCACUUAGAGGCACACUCCAAGCACCAUAACAACCUCUGGUCAGUGGUCCAAGUCUCUUCCCUUUCUCCUUUCAGGUAGUUUCCUAUAACUGCAUAUAACUGGUCCAAGUCUCUUCCCUUUCUCCUUUCAGGUAGUUUCCUAUAACUGCAUAUUGUUGCAGCAAUAAGUAUGCCCUUUUCCUUGUGAUGUAAAAGGAGAAAACUAUACUUCCUGUUUUGUUUAUGCAAAUGUUUUACAGGGUGUGCACCUCUCAUGGGCACAUGCAGCUCAAAUCCCCAUCUCUUUUGUCUGACUCUCUUGAGACCCCAAGCUGUGAGAUAUUCGAUUGGCACAUCUUGGGCAAACGUUGCAGUAUCUCUUAUUCUCAAUAUUGGGAACAAGCUGCCAGUAGUCUGAUCGCAUUCACAUUUUUGCUACCAGUAUAUCCAGACGUUCUGCUUAUCAGAUCUGAUAAAUAGAACAGAACUGUUCCUUGGGAUGUUGAAAUUUGUUUCCAAUUAACCCCUUACUUUUUGGAGGUUUACCAGAUUAAAAAAAAUGUUCUGGGUAGCAGAAACAUCAACUAUGAUUGAUAGAAGGCAAAGUCUAUAGAAAAUGGUUUCUCUCAUGUCCUGGUAAGUUGCGAGUUAAUUCCACUACUUUCCUGAAGUUGCAUUCUGUAACCUAAACCAGCUGUGUGUAGAAUAAGAAAAGUUAAAACAAUAAUACUUGCUAUAUAUGAUUUUAUAGUUCUCUUUCUGGUAAAGUAUGCUCGCUUGGUAUAAUACAUACUUUUGUUCUUCUGUGUCACAUAAAAGUAUAACAUUAACAGACGUUCUCAUCUUUUGUUAUGAAAACAGAUUUAUUCUUCUUGAUUCACAAAUAUAAAAAAUAUAGGAGCCAGUUUUUUUUCAAUGUCAAAAAUACGAUUCUUAAAGGGACCCUAUAGUCACCAGAAACAUUACAGCUUCAUUUAGUGACUCUGGUGUCUAUAACCUGUCCCUGUAGGUUUUUCAAUGUAAGCUCUGCUUUUUAAGAGAAAAGGCAGUGUUUACCUUGCUGCCUUGUAACACCUCUAGUGGCAGUCACUCAAACGGCCACUAAAGUGUCUCCUGCCUACAUUUAGCAUGGAGGCGGAGCUGAACGUUCCCCAUAGAGAUGCAUUGCUUUAAUGCACAGAAAAAAGAAAAAGUGUAUACAUAUUUUUAGCCACUCUCCUGUUUCCUACCUUUUGGGCGCAUGAGAGUGGCUUCCCUGGGGUCCAGGCAUUAGAUUGGUUGGCCUGGCUACACGAAAUUGAAAUGGGGGGAGGCGUGAAUGGGCUGACCGAUCCCAGGCGCCUGGGCAAAAUUCUUAGUCUACCUGGCGCCUGGGAUUUGUCGAGCCCUGCUAUAUGCACACAACACAAAGGUAGGUAGGUAAGAGUUCAUUAUCAUUACAAAGUCAUUGCUAUUGAUGCAAUUUUAAUAACUUUAUUAGGUCAUCACCAUGUUCCAUGGACACUCAGAAAUGGAAAUGAGCGCUUGCAAGGAAAGGAAAAUUGGACAGAUAUGUUAACAGUGAUCACUGUUUAGUGUACUGGGUGCCAAAAUAAAGGCUACUAAAUCCUCACGCAAGGUUAAAAUCACCAAGUCCUUCAAAAAAUGUAAUCUUGAAUCCUUUCUUAAUGACAUCAAGAACCUCCCAUGGCACAGAUUAAACAUUAUCCCAGAUCUAGACUUUGCUGUUGAAUUCUUUCAGUCUGAACUCCUACAAAUUUGGAAUUUGCAUGCCCCGCUGGGUAAGGUGAGGGUAAAAGGAGCACAUAUGAACUGGAUCACAGCUUACCUCAUCCAGAUGUACCAGUUUCGGGAUUCUUUGUGGUCCAAGUUCAAGCGUACUGGCUCUAUGAAUGAUCACUGUGCAUAUAGACAAUGGCGAAAUAUAUGCACAAAACAAACAAAAUUGGCCAAGGCCCAAUAUUUCUGUGAAAAUCUGAACAAUAACCUAUCAAACCCUAGAAACUUUUGGAAAGUCAUAAAUAAAUUACAAACUCCCCCAAUCCACUCCGAACCCUCCACUGUCAAAGUGGAUAACCAAACCCUGCAGCUUCCCCUAGAUGUACCAAAUGCCUUUAACAAUUAUUCUGUCGGAUGCUCUACUGCCCUGAUUGUCAAGCUAAUAAAUGACACGCAUGCUGAAACUACAGAUGUGGAUCAAGCACCACUAAAUUUGCAAAGACCCAAUAUAGACAAGUUCACUUUUAGACUUGUACCUAUUAGUGUCAUUAAAAAACACCUAAAUAAUCUAAAAAUUAAAAACCAGUCUGGACCUAAUCAAAUCCCAGCAAUGUUGUUGAAGCUUAGUGCGCCGGCAAUUGCUAAACCCGUCGCAACCCUAAUUAAUGAAUCCUUGGUGUCUGGAUACAUACCCAAACUUUGGAAGACUGCGAGAGUAGUGCCUGUCCAUAAAAGUGGUGACACUACUUUGGUUUCUAACUAUCGCCCAAUAUCAUUGCUGGUAUUGUCAAAAAUCUUAGAAAAAUGUGUCCAUACGCAACUAUGUGAGUACUACCAACAAUCAAACUAUCUGAUCCCUGAUCAAUCGGGCUUUCGCCAAAAUCACUCCACUACAACUGCCCUCUUAAAAGUUUGCAAUGACAUCCAAACUGGCAUGGAACAAGGAGCCCUAACUGGAGCUAUUUUCCUUGAUUUUGCUAAGGCCUUUGACACAGUAGACCACGACAUUCUACUGCACAAACUCAAAAACUCAGGUCAUUCGUAACCUGGUUUCGAUCGUAUGUAUCGGAUCGCUCACAAUAUGUGACCAUUUCUGACCGCAACUCCCUCUCCCAGUCACGUGUGGUGUUCCCCAAGAUUCCAUUCUCGACCCCCUACUAUUUACAUUAUUCAUAAAUGAUCUGCCUAAUGUCUGCAAAUCCUCAAAUGUACACAUGUACGCAGGUGACACAGUAAUCUAUGCGUGCAAAUCCAAUGUACCACAGCUUGAGGCUGUGCUCCAAGACCAGUUUACAGAAGUAGAAAAGUGGAUCACAAAAAACAAACCCUGAACACUGACAAAACUGUCACAAUGAUCUUUGGAACAGUAAAUUACACAUAUUACACAAUUCCCACCUAUCCAUCAAAACAAAUUCAAAUGGCACACUGACCGCAGUCCUCUCUUUCAAAUACUUGGGUAUGAUGCUAGACCCCAAUCUAUCUUUUGGACAACACAUAGAAAAGCUUGUAUCUAAACUUUAUCCAAAACUAGGUGCCCUGUACAGGAACAAAUCCUGCCUAAGCCCUACAGUAAAGGAAAAGAUUAUACAGCAAAUGCUGAUGCCAAUCAUUGAUUAUGGGGCUGUAGUAUAUGCAUCUGCACCGCAAUCCCACAUUAAUAAACUCAAUACAUUGUAUAACUCGUUCUGCCGAUUUGUGCUACAAUGUAAUUACAGGACUCACCAUUGUGACAUGCUAAAAGAACUAAACUGGCUGUCGCUGGAAUCCAGGCGCACCCUUCAUCUUUACAGCCUUGUGUUUAAGAGCUUUUCUGGGAAACUCCCACCCUACCUGAACAAAAUGCUUUCCCCAGCUGUUCCCACUUCCUAUAACCUCCGAUCCAGUACCAACACUUUACUUAGUCUACCUCAAUACAAAAAGAAAGCAGCCCGAUCCUCCUCCUCCUACAGAGCGCCGCAAUUAUGGAACUACAUCCCGCACAAUUUAAAUUCUUCCCCAAGCCUAAUGUCCUUUUAAGAGAUCCCUUUCUACAUAUCUCAAAACAGAAUGCACGUGUUAUGGUUGAUUAUAUAUUUCCUACCUGUUCUAUGUUAAAUUUUGUAUUUAUUGUGUAUUAAUAUUGUUUUUGUAUUUUAUUGUAUCCUAAUGUAACAAUGCAAUGAUUUGUGGACCCAGGACAUACUUGGAAACGAGAGAAAUCUCAAUGUAUCUUUCCUGGUAAAUUUUUUUUUUUUUUUAUAAAUAAAUAAAAAAUAAAAUAAUAUAAAGAUAUAAUCAUGUAAUUAAAUCAAAGUGGAUUUAUCAGCAGAUUUGUGGUACCAAGUUCAUCAUACGAAUAUAUUUCUUAUUCUCUCGUGCCUUGUGUUUACAGCCGAGAGGCAAUCUUGUAUGGACUUUGUGGUAUUCUAGACAGUCAGGUCUAAAGAUCUAGUAAAAUAAAAGCACAUUAAAUGCUAUCUAUACAUUUGUACGUAGUAUUGCAUUAAACUAAUUUGUACAAGAUCACAACUACAACUUAUUGGGCUUUAUAUCCUCACAGUUUGUAUAGUACAUUGGUUUCUCCACAACGUCUAUUGACUUUCAUUUACAUUUCAGGCCACAGCUGCCGCCAACAAUAUAUCUGCAACACCCACGUUUUUAUUCUUCCGAAAUAAAGUAAAAAUUGAUCACUAUCAAGGAGCAGAUGCUGCUGGCUUAGAAGAAAAAAUAAAACAACACUUAGAAAAUGAUCAAGGAAGCAAUGAAGACACAGAUAUUCCAAAAGGCUAUGUAUGUAUGAGCUUUGUUUUAUUGGUAUGGGGUCCUUUAUGUCUGUUGAUGGCAUUUAGAUAACUUGUACACAUUCAAUUAUCCUAUGGUUGAUAAUGAAUAUAUUGUAGUUUAGUUAUACCAUAAUAAUCUGGCUGAUGUGGCAUCCUUCUGUGAUCGGCAGGAACUCAUGUUUACACUUUCUGGAAAUUUGUACAUUCCUAUUGCAAAUAUUUUCUUUAAAAAAAAUAUUAAUGAGCACAUACGGUAUCUUCAUUGCUUGUUUUUGUGCAUGCAAAAUGAUCACUUUUACACUUAUGCCAGUCAUAAUGAUAUGUUUGCUUGUUUUUACAUGAUUUUUCUAAUAUUUACCCACAGCUCUGCCACGUUUGCUAGAAUUGUUAAUACGUGUCAAGGGCUGUGCCCAGCCAGUCAGUGCUCUCUAAAUACGGAUUAAAUUGAUAUAGUGAAUGUGGAAAGUGAACUAUAGCGAGUAUGGGGGGAGGGGGGGUGCAUAAAGUUAAAGACUACAAAAAGGGUUAAAGUCUAGUAUUAGCUAUUUAGAGCAGUGGUAGCCUUAGAAGACCACCUCACCAGUAAAUGUCCUUAGGCAAGACGUCUAACUAUAUAGACCUGUCUACGUCAGAUACUCCUAGAUUGUCAGUUUGUUUGCUCAGCAUUCUUCACUUUUAAAUAUCGUUUUUACAUAACUGUGAAGUGCUGUGGAAUAUGUUGACAUUGUAUAAAUUCUAAUAAUAAUGUUGCAGUAAUGUGAUGCAGACCCAUUGUAAGUGUAUUGUUACACAAGGUCAUAUUGUAUUCAGCAUAUUUGUUGUAUUCAGUAACCUGUUGUAAUUUGUCUGGCUUAAAUGAACUAUUCGUUGCAGAUGGAUUUAAUGCCAUUUGUGAGCAAAACUGGCUGUGAAUGUCUUAAUGAAAGCGACGACAAUGGCUUCGAAAACUGCUUACGGAAAGAUCCUACAUACCUCGAAUCGGACUGUGAUGAACAGGUUGGCAAAGCAGCUUAUCUCAUUCCAUAAGGAGUCAAUCUUCUCUAUUGCCUUGAAAGUUGUGGAUGUGAUCUCAUUAGUGUAAAUCUUGGCAUGUAUCCACACUACUGAUCUAUAUUGGGAAUCCCUUUAAAUAUAAAAAAAAAAUAGUUUAAAGUCAGCUUUUUCAUUCCUUAAAGCUUCUUCUAAUCAUCCUAAAGAGAUUCUGUCACCUUUUGAGUAUCUUUUUAAAAUAUUAUUAAUGAAAGCGGCAUUUCUGUUACAAUAUGAUUUGUUAUACGUUUCGUAAAAAGGUCCUGAUUUAUUGGGCCUCCCUGUUAGUGUAUUUAAAAAAAAUAAAUAGUAAAGCAAUGCUAAACUUUCUCCUCCCCCAUUGAAGGUGUUGGGUGAUGCAAAAAAUACUUUCAGUAUUGAAAGUUUUCAUGAGGAAGUGCCUCUAGAGGUUGUCUGACUGCCAGUAAAGGCAUACUGAAUUCCAAUUGUAAACUGUACCGUUUUGCUGAAACGACACUGCUUACAUUAUUUUAUUUAUUUUUAGAUUGCGGGGACAUAGUCUUGGCAGCAAACCCAUGACAUUAAGGUGUAGGGGUUUUAGUGCUUAGUAUUCCUUUAAGAAAUUCAUAUCGGCCAACAACUUGUGUAUGAAAGCAGUUUGAUCCCACACAGUAACAUAUGUUUGCAUCCAAACUAGUUCAGAAAUGGGGCAUUUUGACUCUGUAAAUCUGUUCCACUAAGCCUUUUAAGAUAACCCAGGUUUAAUGGCCAUGGGUGUUGCCCUUUGAUUAAAAAUCUCUAGAACGUUUGGUCUUGCUUUUGUAGAAGCUUAGUGUGCCCAUACUGAUGAAUAAAUGAAGAAAUAUUGUCUUGAAACAAAGCAAUUAAAUGCCAUUAAUUAAAAUCUACUUGAUCAAAGAAAAAAAUAUUAUAUUUAUUAAAAACUUAUAUUUAUUAAAAACAGCCUUGUGGGUACCACUGAUGUCUAAAUAUGCUAUUCCCUGUCUAUUUUCUCAUUUUUUGCUGGCUACCAUGUCCCCCAUAUAUGGACAGAUGUUUCAACUUCCUCACACUUUAUGUUGGCAAAAGGGUGUAAGGAAGUUCUUGGCUCCUUGAAUUUUCCUUUGUCCUCCCUAUUUCAACUGAUGCAACGUAAUGACGGGCAUACACUAAAUUCCUUGUUUUGCACUUUCAAGUCUUUCACAUUUCCGUUUUUUUGUUGUUGUUUGUUUACAUGAUUUGUUCUCUGACUGAAAAAUAAAAUGUUUUUUUAAUCUCCCAAUGCUUUUUUUGUUUUUCCCACAGCUCCUGAUUACUGUAGCUUUUAACCAGCCAGUUAAGCUGUAUUCUAUGAAGCUUCAUGGCCCAGAUAAUGGUAAGCUUAUUUUUACUGUGGCGUUUGUUGUUUUGUGUGUGUGCUGUGGUUCUUGGAAUUUCUUGACCCAGCACAUGAUUAACCAGUGCAUGUUUCAAAAUUACCAGUCGAUGUUUUCUCAUUUUAUGGCAUUAUCUUAUCUUACUUGAGGUAAAUGCCUAAACUAUUGUAGAUAACUACAACAAAGGAAGACUACAUAAAUUAGUGUUAAGACCACACUCUAAAUAUGUAAUGCAAUUUUGGGCACCUGUUCUAAAGAAGGAUAUUAUGGCACUAGAAAAAGGGCUAUAAAUUAAUAAGGGGAAUGGAAGAAUUUAAUUAUGAUGAAUGGCUAACAAGUUUACAUUUGUUUAGUUUAGUGGGGAUAUUUGGGCAUAAUAUAAAUGUAUUCAGGGCCAAUACAAACCAUUGUCUGGAAAUCUAUUUAUAAACAGGACUAUACAUAGGACACAAUGUCACUCAUUUAGACUUUAAGAAAGGAGAUUUAGUCUAAAGCAAAUGGAAGAGUUCUUUACUGUAAGAACAAUAAGGAUUUGGAAUUCUCUUCCAGAAGAGUUGGAUUAAUCAGUGUAUAUAAUUUAUAUUUAAGAUAUGGGGCAUAAUGGAGAAACCAAAAUAAUUUGAUGUUCCUGUCACCAGAUUUUAACUUCCAUUAACUUCAUUCAGGCAGUGAGAAAUAUUCCUAAAUGGAGGACCUGCUACCACUGGAUGGUAGACAUUGAUGGUCAUCAAUCAGUGCACAUUUUCAGUUUUCUAACAUGUUAUGCUGUUCCAAGCUGAUUUUUUUGAUUUUUUUUUUAUUAUAUAUUGGUGAAACUGUAUAACUCACUUGAUCCUCUGCAGGCAUCGCUAUCGCAUAUCAACCGAGGUUGAGCUGAAACCUGCAGUUGUUAGAAAAAGUUUCAGAUAUAUUUGAUAAUGGUGAGGGUUGUGGGUUGGGAGCUGCUUGUAAUGCGACCUUUGCAAGGGUUAGAAGUUCUUAUGAUCCUUGUGCUUUCCUUUAAUGCAUACAAGUGACCCUAUGCUCAGAAUGCAUUGGUGUAUUUGCACUUUUUGAUUGUGAAAUUUCAAGCAGACUUAAUUUCUUGACGUUUUCUUAUUUUUUACCACUCCUCUCAUUGUUGACAAUGUUUGAAUAACAUGCACUUCAGAGUGAUCAUUUUUUUUCAAUUCUGUUUUCAGGUCAAGGUCCAAAAUAUGUUAAAAUAUUCAUAAACCUGCCCCGAUCUAUUGAUUUUGAUGAAGCAAUGAGAAGUGAAGCUACCCAAGCACUUGAAUUAUCCCCCGAUGACAUCAAAGAGGAUAGCCUUAUUCAGCUGCGCUAUGUUAAGUUCCAAAAUGUCAACAGUGUAACAGUAAGUACAAAUAUAUACAUUAUAGGUUUUACCUUACAUACAGUAAACUAUCCUGGUUAAAGAGUGCUUGUUAACACUGCUCAGCAAUAGGUGUACACUCCUGUCAAGGCUAUCAAUUUUAAUAGUAAGCUUCUCAAAAAAUAAACAUAAUAGGUAAACACUAAUGUUGUAUAUGUUAGUAAACCAAAGUUGAUUUAAUGAAUACAUUCAGUCAGUGCUUGUGAUAAAGGAGCACAAAUAAAUACUUGAAAACAGAACCUGACGCACUCUUUCAAAUAACACAAAUAUAGGUCAUAACAAAGGCUUAUAGUGUCAGUGUGUUUCAGAAUGAAUCCGACUCACUGCUGAUUUAUACGAUUGUAUGCCUUUUCCCUUGUUAUUUUUACUUUCAGAUUGUCACCAUGCCAUUUGAGAUGCAUAUUGAGUGUUUUUUACUUUUUAUCUUGAUUCCAGGAAUACUCUUUUCAUGAUGCCACCCCUGCUCAUUCUGCUUAAUAUAUCCUGUUACUGGAGGUUCUAACACACAAUGCCCACACCCACCACUGUAUGAGUUGCUAUGUAUAUAUAGCAUAUUCCUACAUGAUGUGCAAAGUUUAUAAGUCCCGCAGAAGCCACUUUGAGAUGCAGGCUGGAGAACCAUGACCACUGCAUGAGUUGCAAAUUAGAAUUUUAUAUAUAUAUAUAUAUAUAUAUAUAUAUAUAUAUAUAUAUAUAUAUAUAUAUAUAUAUAUAUAUAUAUAUAUAUAUAUAUAUAUAUAUAUAUAUAUUUUAUUUUUUUUUAACCGAGGGGUUUAUUUCAUAUACAAUUUGAAGUCUGGCUAAAUUAUGAAACCUAUGGAUUUCUCAAAAUCAUCUAUUUUAGCACAAAUUUUACUUUUUAGGUUUAAACUCCCUGCAAUUCAAAUAUUAUUUAAUUACCCAGUAACUGAGGUGUUGACUGAAUUUCUGAUAUCUCUGUGUACUGAGUAAGGGUGUUAGCUAUAUUGAAGAUCUCUCUGCUAACUGAGUUUAUCCUUUUAUUGUAUGUGCUAACAAUAUGAAGAUUAACCCUCUCAUAUUGUAAGGAAAAAGAACCAAACUUUAUAAAGUAUCUGGUUGCUUUGGCUAAUUUCGAGCAUCUUUCAUUUAAAACCGUGUUAUAGAUACUGUUCUUCUCCAGUUACUUCAUAUAAGCCAUUCCUAUUAGUAGCUCACAGGUGGCAGGGCUGAAAUGACAUUGGUAGGACAGUUUCAAUUUGUGAAAUCUGUGAAAUUUGUUAGGCUAAUUUCUAUUUGAACUAAUUAAAUUAUGUUUUUUUUAUUGCUUGGCCACCUGAUCCCACAAACGUGCGUUCACACUAGAUUUAUCAUCCCUAUCCCCCAGUGUCUACUAAACUAGCCGUUAAUCAUUUUUCUUUCAGCUAUUUGUCCAGUCCAAUCAGGGUGACGAGGAGACAACAAGAAUCGCAUACUUCACUUUCAUUGGGACUCCAGUACAAGCCACAAAUAUGAAUGACUUCAAACGGGUAUGCGUUAUAAGGUUUUGCUUAGAGAUCUUUUUCAUUAUUAAACCUAGAUCUUAUCUGCUUUUCAAAUUGCAUGUUCUAGGCAGGGCUCAAAACUUCAAGUCCUAUGAUACUAUCUGGGCCAGUAGUUUGUUACUUGUUGCUGCAAAGGAAGCCUUCUCUUUUAAUGUGACCUCUAUAUUUAUUUAUAUUGCUGGAGUGAUUUAAAGUCAACCACCAUGAUCAUUUCCGCUUUUAGAAGUUCUCUUGAUGCAAGUAGUCUGUAUGUGCAGCAUUUCAUGUUGAAGAAUUGCCAAAAAGAGAGAUUUCCAUUUUACAAGCUGAUCUGGGAUGUAGUGGGCCAUUUUUGUUGUUUCAAGUAAUCUCUGCAAGGUGUUUGAGUUCAAUAUAUGUAACAGAAUAUUUUACCUCUUAUGGUCAAUGUCGGAUUUUUUUCUGGAGAGUGCCCCGAAUGCCACAAAUGUGCGCAAUGCACACAGGCUGGGAGGUCCUUGCAUGGGGGAUCAGCGGUAGGUUCCAGGGAAAAUCUAACAUUGGACCGCAAGAGGUAAAAUGUUUUGUUGGAUAUUUUCUGACAUAGGACUGCAAAGGGUUAAUAAGGGCUUUAGGUUACAUGUUUGCAAUCUCUUUGUCUGUACCACUUUUUUUUUUUUUUUUUUGUUUAAAUGCACUCUUGAUGGGUGUGUAUGUAGUCAGUGCAGCCACUGUAAAUAAACUGCGGCUUUCAAACCGCACUAAGAAUCCUCACAAGCAGUGGUUGUCUGUGACACAUUUUCCAAGUCAGAAUUUUCACUUGCUAGUGAGCCUUUGAGCCUUGUUAUAGGUAUGUUCUGAAAUGUAACACAUGCACCAUUAACCCCAAUGUUUAACUUUGCUUUAUACAGAAUUGAUAAUGGGUUACUAAUCGCAUACUCUGUUACAUAUUUCAUAGAAAAACAUCCCAAUUGACUAUUGCCAUGUCAACAACUGCUGCUAAUUGAUUGGAUGAGGCUACAGAGGCACUAUGUUACACUGCAGAAUAGGCAAAUAUUCCUUCUGUCUCCACUUGUAUAUUAUUAGUUGUUGUAAUAUGUUAAUCUUUACCCUCAGGUUGUAGGGAAGAAAGGAGAGAGCCACUGACCACAUGGAAGACACUGGAUGGGAAAUCCAUGCAAGAAACUGGAUCUUCAGUCACCAGAACAUAGUACUUUAACCUAGAACGUUAAUGUUUCAUUCAUCAAAAUUACCAAUAAAUCAUUGCUUUUUGUUAAACUGUUUCUUAAAGGUAAUUUUAUUUGAAUUUGGCUACAUGUAUUUGUAAAUAAACAUAACUUCUUUUGCCAACAUA